AUGGACGACAUCGAGCUCGUUGCUCUGAGGGAUAAUCUCAUCGCCAUCGCUCUCCAGGCCGGCUCCAUGAUAACAUCCGCCUCCUCGGCGUCUAGGAACACCACCGGCACAACCACGCAGUCAGCGGCCGCAUCCACAAAGAAAAACUCGGCCGACCUCGUCACCGAGACAGACAAAGCCGUGGAGGAUUACAUCUCCAGCACCCUGAAGCAGUGGUACCCGUCGUGCAGCUUCAUGGGCGAGGAGACGUACGUGCCGGGCAACAAGCUCGGGCCCGAGCCGACUUUCAUCGUCGACCCCAUCGACGGGACCACGAACUUCGUGCACGGCUGGCCCUACGUGAGUGUGAGCUUGGGCUUUGCGGUGGACCGCGAACCGACGGUGGGCGUGGUGUACAACCCCUUCACUGGCAAGCUGUACCACGGGAUCAAGGGCCGGGGCAGCUAUGUACGGGACGUCCGGGACGUGGCAGAGAACGGCGGCGAGAAGGCAGCGGAGGAUACGAAGCUGCCGCUUCGACACCCCUCUGCGGUGGCCGGUCUGGACGAGUGCGUCGUCGCCAUCGAGUACGGCAGCGACCGCAGCGGCGCGAACUGGCGUACCAAGACGGCCACCUGGGCAGCCCUGGGCGCCAGCAAGGACGAGGGCGGUGCCAUGGUCCACUCGGCCCGCGCGCUAGGCUCUGCAGCCCUCAACCUGUGCGCCGUCGCAGAGGGCUCCAUCGACGUCUACUGGGAGGGCGGCUGCUGGGCCUGGGACGUCUGCGCCGGCUGGGUCGUGCUCACCGAGGCCGGCGGCCUCAUUGUCGACGGCAACCCCUCUGGAGCAUGGUACAUUCCCGUCGACCACAGGAAGUAUCUCGCCGUGCGUGCUGCUGAGAGGGGCCAAAAGGAGUUGGUCCAGGAGUUCUGGGGGUUUAUUAAGGGCCGGAUGGAGUAUGAGCACUGA